AUGUCCGCCUCCUCCGCAGCGCCCGACAUUGAGCUCUGUCAAUUGUCUCUGAUUGGCUCAAGGUUGGAGCUCCGCGCGGAAUUGACUGUCCAGCAGGCAUGGGAUACGAUAGCAUUCAUGCGGCAAGGCUAUCCUCCUCACUCGCAGGAUUUGGCAAACACCUAUCGCGCAAGUCUGUGUGGAUCUACCAUUCGGCUGGAAUCCCAAUUGACAGCGAAAGAAGCUUCAGCGCUCGUUUUGCACCUUGGCCGUACACUCCUGGCACCGCUGCUGACGCGCGACUCGAGCACCGACGUGCCACUGGUGAGUGGACUUGAAUUUUCCACCUGUGCCGCACCGAUCAUGCUGAGGCUUGCGCGGACUUGAGAACACCACCAGGUCAACGCGUUUCAUGAUUGCGAGACACCUCGCUCGCUUGCACUAUCUCCGCUAUCGGAAGGACGUUUGGACGUAGCUGUCGCGGACGACGCGCUCGAAGUAGUCGGACAUGAGCACACAAGUACGGACCCGCUUGCCGCUACGCAAAGGAACGCUUCGAUCCACUCUUUGCCAUCACGACUUGAGCCUAAGGACACUGCAUCAAGCGCGUUGAGACCUUCGGCAAGCUUGCGAGAAGCUAGCAGAGUGGCUUUUGCUCUACAUGAGCAGAGGCAAGCGAGGGAAGAGAGAGAGCGUACGCCGUCCAUCCGCAACACGCUCUCACCCACCUUCUCUUCCAACCUGUCUGCUGUUGCAUCUCACGAGGCAGGCCGUACGGAAGGCCACCGCUCUCCCGUGCCUUUCGGGAAUGGAAGCAGGCUGUCACGAUCGACCGCUUCGGGAAGGUCGACUUUUGGCUUCAGUAGCCCGAAUCAGCCAUCAUCUUCGAGGCUUUUGCACCGCCUCUUCACGCCGAUACCGAGCCCAAGUUCUAAAUUCUCUGCGCGCAAGUAA